UGCCCCUAGCGCCGCUCCUGGGCCGCCGCCUGCGUUAGGGGCCCUUCCGGCUCGCUUGGACCUUGCUCCGGUCUCCACCCCCCGCCCCCCGCAGGCUUCCGGCGGCGUCGGUCCGGGGGAGCCAGGAGCGGCCUCGCCCACCCGCCGGCUGCUCUGGGGGCUGAGCCUGAGGAGCCGGGUCGCCCCGUCCCCGCGGCCUGCUCCAUGCUGAGAGCAGUGAUCCAGACCCCCCUGUGCCCGCUGCACCGUGCCUUUUGCCAGGCUCCCGGGAGACAGCUGCGAAGGAUCCCAUCCUGCCCAGCCAGCCGCAGCCCUGCCCUGCUGUCCUGUGCCCCUUGGCAGCCUGGCAUCAUGGCUGCCAAUGCGCUGAAGCCCCUCAUCGCCGUGUGCCAGCUCACCUCCACGCCCGACAAGGAGCAGAACUUCGCCAGCUGCUCACAGCUCAUCCGGGAGGCAGCGCAGCGUGGCGCCUGUGUCGUCUUCCUCCCCGAGGCCUUCGACUUCAUCGGCAGCGACAUGCAAGAGACCCUGAGCCUGGCUGAGAACCUGGAGGGGGCCCAGAUUCAGCGCUACGCCGGCCUGGCCAGGGAGUGCGGAGUGUGGCUGUCUCUGGGCGGCUUCCACGAGAGAGGCGAGGACUGGGCCAGCACCCAGAGGAUUUAUAACUGCCACCUGCUCCUGGACCCCACAGGGCACAUCGUGGCCACGUACAGGAAGACCCACCUCUGCGACGUGGAGCUGGAAGGGCGAGUGUCUAUGAAGGAGAGCAAAUUCACCAACCCCGGGCCUGAGAUUGUGCCGCCUGUCAGCACCCCUGCUGGGAAGGUCGGCCUCGCCAUCUGCUAUGACCUGCGUUUCCCAGAAAUCUCUCUGGCGCUAACCCAGGAGGGGGCAGAGAUUCUCACCUACCCAUCAGCCUUCACGGUCACCACAGGCUCCGCCCACUGGGAGGUGCUGCUGCGAGCCCGUGCCAUCGAGACCCAGUGCUACGUGGUGGCAGCAGCUCAGACCGGGAAGAACCAUGAGCGCCGCACCUCCUACGGCCACACCAUGGUGGUGGACCCCUGGGGCUCCGUGAUCGCCCAGUGCCAGGAGGGGCCGGGCCUGUGCUACGCGCAGAUCGACCUGGGCUACCUGCGCCGCAUCCGCCAGGAGAUGCCAAUCUGCACCCACCGGCGGGCUGAUCUGUACGGCAGGGUCACUGUGCUGAAGAAACCCCUGCCUCCCUGAGGGGCUGCCCCCCCAGGAAAAUCCGCCACUGCCAAUCAAGCCCUGCAAUGCUCCAUGAUCAGGAGGCAGAGCAGGGAGCAGAGACCCCUCCUGCUAUCACCCCUCCACCCCCCCACAGACCCAGUGAUCAGUCACUGAUUCAUUUAGCAAGGGGACGAAUGGCUGAGAUGGCCAGAGGCCUCUCCCAGGGCGUGCUGGGCAGAGGCGCCCUCUAGAGGACAACAUGGAACUGCAGCACAAUUCCUGCUCCAGCUGGUGCUGCCUUGUCAGGCCCUAACGAAAACUGAGCAUUUCCCAGAGGUGAAGGGAGCAGCUCCAGCCAAGCCUCCAGCUUCUCCACGCAGCUGUGACGGUCGGCCCCCAGGCAGCAGCCACCCCAUGGGAGGAGCAUUGGCAGCGGGCUCCAGCGGCAGAGGGAAGAAGCAGAACUGAGGCGGCUGCUGGUAAAAACCCCACUCAGCGGAGAGGUUCCCGAGGAGGCUGGGGCUGAGCAAGGGGUGCAGGGCUGAGCUGCUGUCACAGAUCAGGUCCCCUCUCAGCAAAUGCUUGAGCUGCACCAGCUCCUGAGGCGUCCUGCUUGCUGCCCUUAGCACUAUUUCCCUGCCCUAAGACUGGCCUGUGGGCUCUUCCUGCCACCCUGCGGGGGGGGGGGAGGGGCCAGUGCUCUCCACCCUGGGUGGUUCCCCUGUCAUUUAUAACUAGGUAGGAAGUUCUAAGAGAGUGUGGAGUCCCUGCUACUUCUGAGCACUUAGGGUGGGCCUGAUUCCCCCCUUGGGCCUCGGCAAGGGAUGGAUUGGCCUGGGCUACUUCACCGUUAGAGCCCAGGGGGUCCUGGAGCAGGGAGGUGCACCUUAGUUAUAGCCCCUACAACACUGCUGAGACCUUCCUCCCCCCGCAUUUCCCUGUCUGUCCUGUGACACUCACAUGCGCCAAGAUUUUAGGUGAAAAGCUCCAUGUUAGCAUGAGACCCAGGCAGCUGGUGAAAGGACAAAUGACAGUAACUGAAGUCACGGACAACCCAGAGGGCUGAAAACGGGCCACAACCCUGGGGUGAAGCAAGAGAACUGGGUCAUCUUCCCCCUGUACCUCUCUCCCCCAGGCUCAGUAUCCCCUGCCUGCCAUUAUCACCCCUCUGCAGGCAGUCAGCGCCUGCCCCAGU